GCACUGUUGUUGCAAUGGAGUCGACUCUCUCACGGCUCAAACCGCGUCUGUAAACCUACAACAUCUCGUUUCAUGGCGUUUUGCAGGCUGCUCUGCUCCGUGGGCUUCUCCACGUUUCUUUUUUGAAUUUUUUCCUUUUUUUUUUAAGUGCAAAGGGAAAAUAACGACCACUGCUCGCAAAACUAUGAACGAGGAGAUGACAAAAAGCGAGGAGCAGCAUCUGAGUUUGCAGAAAGCCUUGCAGCAGUGCGAGUUGGUGCAAAAUAUGAUAGACAUAAGCAUUUCUAGUUUGGAGGGUUUACGGACCAAAUGUGCCACAUCCAACGACUUGACACAAAAAGAGAUACGAACGCUGGAGGGGAAGUUGGUGAAGUACUUCAGCCGCCAGCUGUCCUGUAAGUGCAAAGUGGCCUUAGAGGAGCGCAGUGUCGAGCUGGAGGACUUCCCUCGCCUCGGCCACUGGUUCCGCAUCGUCAACUUGAGGAAGGAGGUCACACAGGAGAUGAGCCCGAGUGAGGUGACCCUGGAGGGACUGCUGGAGAUGAGCGAGGAGCAGGUGUGUGAGCUGCUGCAGAAGUUUGGUGCCAACGAAGAGGAGUGCGCCCGACUCAACGCCUCCCUCUCCUGCCUCAGAAAGGCCCACCAGCUCGAACAACUUGAGGAGGAUAAAUUGCACAGUAAUGGAGGGAGCCAGGCAAAGCAGGACUGGUCCAUCCAGUGGCCCACCUCUGAAUCGGGCAAAGAAAACACUCCGGUGUGCCAGCCAGAGGCCAGUCAGUGGAUCCGGUUCCAGCUCUCCCAAAGCCCCAAAGUCCAGUCCAAGUACAACCAGCACAUGUGCCACAGCCCUCAGGCCCUGGCCCCCCCUUUAUAUGCCGAUCGACUGACCGUCGACAGCCCCGCCACAGGGCUCUUCCCUCCCUUGGACACUGGUCAUCGCUCCCUGCCCCCGUCACCCCGCCAGAGGCAUUUUGGCCACACACCUCCUCGGACUCCCUUGGUGGUCAACACCAUGACCCCGCCUGGCACUCCCCCUAUGCGGCGAAGGAACAAAGUAAAGGCCCCAGGCACGCCACCUCCGCCGAGUCGCAAGCUCAUCCAUCUGCUGCCGGGCUUCACAGCGCUGCACCGCAGCAAAUCCCACGAGUUCCAGCUUGGGAACCGCUUGGAAGACACACAGACACCAAAAGCCAAGAAGAAGACCAAGCCCUUGAACCUUAAGAUCCACAGCAGUGUGGGCAGCUGUGAGAAUCUACCCACGCAGCGCUCGCCCCUCCACACUGAACGAUCUCUGCGAUCCUUCUUCUUCCCCUCCUUCAUCCCUUCCACACCUCCAGUCCAUGCUGAAACACCCUCUGCAAACACUCUCUCAGUGCCUCGCUGGUCCCCACAGAUUCCCCGAAGAGAUCUGGGAAACUCAAUAAAACACAGGUUUUCCACAAAGUAUUGGAUGUCCCAGACAUGCAUAGUGUGUGGAAAGGGAAUGUUGUUUGGACUGAAAUGUAAAAACUGCAAGCUGAAGUGCCACAACAAAUGCACCAAAGAAGCCCCACCUUGCCAUUUAUUGAUCAUACAGCGAGGCGGACGAGAAUCCCUCAAAGAUCACCAAGGAACAACUCAAGUAGCUCGUCUGGUAAGGACCGAAUCAGUGCCAUGUGACAUCAACAACCCGCUCAGGUACACAGACCUGCACAUCAGUCAGACGCUCCCCAAAACCAACAAAAUCAACAAGGAUCACAUCCCAGUCCCGUACCAACCAGACUCCAGCAGUAAUCCCUCAUCCACCACCUCCUCCACCCCGUCCUCUCCGGCUCCUCCUCUGCCCAGCAGUGCCACGCCCCCCUCACCACUACAUCCCUCCCCACAGUCGGCACGGCAACAGAAGCAGUUCAACUUGACAGCCUCCAGUUAUUUCAAAUACAAACAACAGUUCAUCUUUCCUGAUGUUGCUCCAGAAGCUCCUCCAAGCAGAGCACCGCAGGUCAUCCUGCACCCGGUCCUGUCUGAACCAGGGAAUGAGGGCAACCCUUUACUUCAAAUCGAAGUUGAACCCACAUCAGACAACGAGGAAGGCAACGAUGAGGACUCUGGCGACGAGUUUGAGGAGAUGAACCUGUCGCUACUGUCGGCUCGCAACUUCCCGCGCAAGGCGAGCCAGACCAGCAUCUUCCUGCAGGAGUGGGACAUCCCUUUCGAGCAGCUGGAGAUCGGAGAGAUGAUCGGCAAGGGGCGCUUCGGCAAAGUUUUCCACGGGCGCUGGCACGGCGAGGUGGCCAUCCGCUUGAUCGACAUUGAGCGUGACAAUGAGGACCAGCUCAAGGCCUUCAAGCGUGAGGUGAUGGCCUACCGCAACACGCGCCACGAGAAUGUGGUGCUCUUUAUGGGGGCCUGCAUGAGCCCACCACACCUGGCAAUCAUCACCAGCUUGUGUAAAGGCCGGACACUUUAUUCUGUGGUGCGGGAUGCCAAGGUUGUCCUGGACGUUAACAAGACCAGACAGAUCGCACAAGAGAUGGUCAAGGGGAUGGGCUACCUCCACGCCAAGGGGAUCUUACACAAAGACAUGAAGUCAAAGAACGUGUUUUAUGACAACGGCAAAGUCGUCAUCACCGACUUUGGACUCUUCACCAUAUCUGGGGUUUUGCAGGCUGGCAGUCGGAGAGAAGACAAACUGAGGAUCCCCAACGGCUGGCUGUGUCACCUGGCCCCAGAAAUAAUCCAGCAGCUCUCUCCAGACACAGAAGAGGACAAGCUUCCCUUCUCCAAACAGUCAGAUGUCUUUGCUUUUGGCACCAUCUGGUAUGAGUUACACGCACGUGAGUGGCCUUACAAGAGUCAGCCAGCAGAGGUGAUCAUAUGGCAGAUUGGCAGCGGGAUGAAGCCCAACCUCGCCCAAACUGGCAUGGGGAAGGAGAUAUCAGACAUUCUGCUUCUGUGCUGGGCGUACAAGCAGGAAGAGCGGCCCAGCUUCUCCAAGCUGGUAGAUUUACUGGAAAAGUUGCCAAAACGGAACCGUCGCCUUUCCCACCCAGGGCACUUCUGGAAGUCAGCUGAGUAUGUCAAAUGAGUUAGGGACACAAAACAGCAAACAAUCAGCAACUAUUUAAAAAAAACAAAACAAAACAAAAAAACAGAAAAUAAAAAAAACAGCCGCCAUAACUCUACAUAAAUAACCCACCUCCUUAAAGAAUGCACUGAAUCCAAAAGCCAGCCCAGUGAUGAAAACUGCCCGCGCUGUGUGUAUUUUCAUGGAAUGUUGGCAUGUGUGUGUGUACAGAUAAGUUGACUUCUCAAAGCAGUCGGGAUUCAUAUUUUCUUUGGUUUGGUUUAAACCAUACUGGAUAUUUUUUUUCCUUUUUUAUCUUUUUUUUUUAUUUUUGUCCUUUACUAUUGACUUGAUCCCUUCAUGAUUUAUUUCCUGGAUGUAUCUUGCUUGUAACUUUCGACUGAUCAUGUAAUCCUGGACUUCAAAAAAAAAAAAGAGAAAAAAAAGAAGAACAAAUGUAGAUUUUUUUCCAUGUCUUCUUUUCUGUUUUGAAUGAAUGUAACUGUCACACAUUGUAUAUUUCCAUAGCAUUGUCUUGCCAUUCCUUAUGUCUGUCAACUGUGUAGACCAUUUUGUCAGUGUUACCUCAUGGUCUCUCAUGUGUGGAUGUCUGUACAAAUUUGUCUCAAAAGCUUUAUUUAACUUAAAAGAAAAUGUCCUCUUAUUUACACCGUACCAUUUGAAUGUGAAGAAGCCAGCAUCCCUGUUUGUGUGGGGAUGUGUUGGCACGGUUCUUUGACGGGGAGACUGUUCUCUGAUCAGCCUGUGCUUUGAUUAUUGCCUGUGAACAUAUAAGCGAGAGGUUUGAACAAUAACGGCCUUUUGGGAGGAGAAAAAAAAAAAAAAGCCGCCGGUCAGACCAGGACUCCCUGACUUGACGCUGUUCUGUGAAAUCGCUGACACUUGAAAUGUAUCUCGUCAACUGUUGGAGAACUAAUUACCCUUCAGACACGCUAUCACUGAGCCCCCCCAUCCCCCAUUUCCCAGAUAUAAAUGUAUAUUAUUUUACUUUAAAUAGCUAAUGAUAG